CCGAAGAAACUCGCUGACUGACUCAUCAUCACCAAACAAACAUUCCACGCUUCCAUUCUCUCUCACUUUCCAUCUUCUCUGUCCCCGCUGGCUUCGGACAUCGGAGCCUCAAAUUCGCCACAUUCUCCUAUCCCCCUACCCAAACACCCACUCUCCCUUCUCUCUCUCCACUCCACUCCACAAUUCAAUCCAAUCCAAUCCAAUCAAAUCUCCUCCAAAGAAGAAAAUAAAACAAGUUAGGGUUUCGCACUCUAAUAGAGAAUGAGUUUUCAGGACAUCGAGACUGGCCGCUCCUUCGCUUCCCGCCGCAACCUCGUCAACGGCAGACAAGACCCCACGCACGCGGUGGCUUCCGGCAUAUUCCAGAUCAACACCGCCGUCUCCACCUUUCAGAGACUCGUCAACACUCUCGGAACCCCCAAAGACACUCCCGAACUCCGCGAUAAGCUGCACAAGACGAGACUGCACAUUGGACAAUUGGUGAAGGAUACUUCGGCUAAACUUAAGCAAGCCAGUGAGAUUGAUCACAAUGUUGAUGUUAAUGCGAAUAAGAAGAUAGCAGAUGCUAAGCUUGCAAAAGAUUUUCAGGCGGUGUUGAAAGAGUUUCAGAAGGCGCAGCGUCUUUCAGCCGAGAGGGAAACAGCUUACGCUCCUUUUGUUCCAAAAGCAGCUCUUCCAUCCAGCUAUACAGCCAACGAAACAGACAUUAGUUCUGAUAAUACUCCAGAACAGCGUGCCCUUCUUGUGGAAUCCAGAAGACAGGAGGUAUCAUUCUUAGAUAAUGAGAUUGCCUUCAAUGAGGCUAUCAUUGAGGAAAGAGAUCAAGGCAUUCAAGAAAUCCAGCAGCAAAUUGGUGAAGUAAAUGAGAUUUUCAAAGAUCUUGCUGUGCUUGUCCAUGAGCAAGGAACAAUGAUUGACGAUAUUGGGUCCAAUAUUGAGCAUUCCCAUGCAGCAACCGCACAAGCAAAAUCUCAACUUGCCAAAGCUUCAAAGACGCAAAGAUCAAAUUCAUCUUUGACAUGCUUGCUUUUGGUGAUAUUUGGGAUCGUGCUUCUAAUUGUCAUCAUUGUCCUUGCUGCUUAGUCAAAGACUCAAUUCUAUUAUGAAUCAGAUGCACUAUUUACUGAGCUGCAGAUAGGAUCUCCCUCGAUGAUGAUUACACUGAAUGAAAUUUUACCAGAUCUCAUGAAUACCGUGGCCUUGUCUCAUCAGGUUUCAGUACAAGAUGUGGGAAUAUUAACAUUAGUGUAUCGUUAUUUUAUUGUGGGGUGUAUGUUCUUGUUUCUUGGUGUUUGGGGCUUUAAGUAUGUGGCACAACCUGCUUGUUGUGCAAGUUAUCUUUUUGUUUCCUUAAUAAAAGAAAUAUUAAUUCGUUCUUUACCUGUAAAGUCAACUUGGAAGUUUGCAUUGCUGACAUUUCUUAGCAAUACUUCGAUUAAGGAUUUUUUUUUUCUUCCUCC